CUUGCAGUAGAAAGACAGGGAAAGACUGAUACAGAGAUGCACACGACGACAAGCAUCAACCAACACACAUUCAUCUCUAUCGUUCUCUACUUAUCUCUUCGCUUUCUCAGUCAUUUCUGUGUGUUCUAAGGAGAAAGCCAGAGAUAGUGCUAGAAUGGUGAGCUGUGUUUUAUCAAAAUGUGGUAUCAGACCUCUCCCUAGGUUCUACCCUAAACCCACAAACUCUUUUGCCUCUAACCCAUCACCCACUCUCAAACUCAACCCGCUAUCUUCCCUCAACUCCCGAAGUGGGCUCUUCCCUAGAACAAGAAACUGGGCGUUGAAUGUGGCCACACCAUUAACAACUCUAGAGACUCCACCGGAGGAAGAAGAAGACGCGAGGUGGUUCGACCCUGGUGCGCCUCCUCCUUUCAACUUGGCUGACAUAAGAGCAGCCAUACCCAAGCAUUGUUGGGUUAAGAAUCCAUGGAGGUCUAUGAGUUACGUUGUGAGAGAUGUAGCUAUUGUCUUUGGAUUGGCUGCUGUAGCUGCUUACUUCAACAGCUGGCUUCUCUGGCCUCUCUACUGGUUUGCUCAAGGAACCAUGUUCUGGGCUCUCUUUGUUCUUGGCCAUGACUGUGGACAUGGUAGCUUCUCCAAUGAUCCGAGGUUGAACAGUGUAGCUGGUCAUCUUCUUCAUUCCUCAAUUCUAGUCCCUUACCAUGGCUGGAGAAUUAGCCACAGAACUCACCACCAGAACCAUGGGCAUGUUGAGAAUGAUGAAUCUUGGCAUCCUUUGCCUGAAAGCCUCUACAAGAAACUGGAAAAGACUACUCUAAAUUUUAGGUUCACACUGCCAUUCCCAAUGCUCGCAUACCCUUUCUACUUGUGGGGAAGAAGUCCAGGGAAAAAUGGUUCUCAUUUUGAUCCAGACAGUGACUUGUUUCUUCCCAAGGAGAAGAAAGAUGUUGUGACAUCAACUGCAUGUUGGACUGCAAUGGCUGCUUUGCUUGUCUGUCUCAACUUUGUCAUGGGUCCAAUCCAAAUGCUCAAACUAUAUGGCAUUCCUUACUGGAUAUUUGUAAUGUGGUUGGACUUUGUGACUUACUUGCAUCACCAUGGCCAUGAAGACAAGCUCCCUUGGUACCGUGGAAAGGAAUGGAGUUACCUGAGAGGAGGGCUCACAACACUGGACCGUGAUUAUGGAUGGAUCAAUAACAUCCACCAUGACAUUGGAACUCAUGUGAUACAUCAUCUUUUCCCGCAGAUCCCACAUUAUCAUCUAGUGGAAGCAACAGAAGCAGCUAAACCAAUAAUAGGAAAGUACUACAGAGAACCGAAAAACUCUGGACCUUUGCCACUUCACUUAUUGGGAAGCCUCAUAAAAAGUAUGAAACAAGACCAUUUCGUAAGCGAUACAGGAGACGUCGUGUACUAUGAGGCAGAUCCAAAACUCAGUGGACAAAGAACUUGACAACAGACUGCAACAAACAGGGCAGACAAGUUCAAAGUUCAUUUUGGUUCAUUCUUUAUGUAUCUUUUGUUUUGUUGCAAAAGCCUUCUCAAGAUUAAAAAGCAUUAAUUUGUAGAACUCUGCAGUAAAAACUCUCAAUUCUUGAACAAUAUAUCAGAUGGAUAUAUCAUAUAUUUCAUAACA